AUGUUGGAGCCUCUGGAUGUCUUCAGCAUGCACGUGAAGUCAAGCUCAAAGGGCAGCAGCAGCUGGCCACAUGCUUCGGAUUGCCCCUGCAUGCAGCAGGCGCGACUGCGGCUGGAAGGAGAAGAGCGCGCAGCUCAAGCACUUCAGGCAGCCAUCCGCGAGGAGCGGCGCCUCAGACUUCGGUCUGAGAUGCGCGUGGAGGGCUUGGGCAAAGCGCUUGCCGCAUCGCCCAGCUCCGGCGACGAUCGCCUAGCUGCCGCCAUCCUGGACUCCUCGACGGAGGAGCAGACGCGUCUCACGAACCAGCUGACUGAGCUGCAGGCGCGAGUAGCCUCCUCCGAGGCACGGCAGAAAACAGCAGAGGAGCGCACUGUGAGCAUGCUUGAUGCCAUCAUGAACGGCCUGAUGUCGAACGAGGCAUGA